CUAAUACAACACAGUACUUUUCCGUAUGUUACGGGUGCGUUGUUUGGUUUAUGGUGUAGUGCUAUACAAAUGCAUAAUAUAACCUAUCUACGCUUUACAUAAAUCUAUGGGGACGUAGCCUUGUAAUUGAUGCAGAUGCAAGUGAUGUGGAUUUGAGAAGCGCAUACGAUUAAAAAAGCAAUAUGCCGGCGGCGCGCGGAGUAAAACGGACGGCGUCCAAAUCUUCGGCCCCUGCAUCAACAACAGGACCAAAAAACAAGAAAAAACGUGGAGCAGUACAGUUAGAGAUCCCCAGUGCACCAAAGAAGCGCGGCCGCGUGUUCGCUUGCGGUCAGGGAGAUGUUGGACAAUUGGGACUCGGAGAGGAUGUUGUGGAGACUACAAAGUUCAAAUAUGUAUCAGGUCUUGGUGAUAAAAUAGUAGAUAUACGUGCAGGAGGGAUGCAUACUGUUGCUAUAGAUACUGAUGGAAAGGUGUGGACUUUCGGUUGUAAUGAUGAAGGUGCAUUGGGUCGUAUAACAAAAGGUGACAAAGACGAGGGCACGCCGAAGACGGUGUCAUUACCACAGAAAGCAGUGUCAAUAUCCGCUGGUGACUCUCAUACAGCUGCAUUACUUGAUAAUGGUGAUGUGUACGCGUGGGGAGCUUUUAGGGACUCUCACGGCAGCAUGGGGCUGGUGGUGCGUGGCAGAGAAACUAAAGGCUGUCAGGAACCGAUCAGAGUUGACAUCGGUGAGACAGCUGUGGCCAUCGCAUCCGGUGGUGACCAUCUUGUUAUAUUAUCUACAUCAGGUGCUGUGUACACAAUGGGUUGUGGUGAGCAGGGACAACUUGGUCGUCUCUCACAGCGAUCAGCAUCCAGAGAUGCUCGUCAGGGAUUCAGUGCACUUCUAACGCCAGCUAAAGUGACACUAAAGUUAGGCGCAUCCCGCAUAUGGGCAGGAUGUCAUGCCACAUUUGUGUUAGACGCUAAUGGUGACAAAGUGUUUGCAUUCGGACUUAAUAAUUACGGACAACUAGGUAUAACUGGUGAGAAACGUAAAACAGCUAUAUUUUCACCAACGGAAUGUGAUGCGUUUACCAGUUUGAAUACAACAUGGAGUGCAAUAGCUUGCGGACAACAUCAUUCCCUUGCUGUAGAUGGUAACGGACAGUUAUAUGCCAUCGGACGGACUGAUUAUGGAAGGUUAGGUUUGGGUGAGAGGACGGAAGAUGCUGAGAUGUUGGAGCCUGUACCCAAGUUACAGAACAAGAAGUGUAUUAGUAUAUCUACUGGUAUAGCAAAUUCAUUCGCUGUCACUGAUAAUGGCGAGGCGUUCUCAUGGGGUAUGGGCAGUGAGGGUCAGCUGGGUACAGGCGCUGCGACAGACGCCAGCGAGCCCACACCUCCCAGCAGCGCCCCCUUCGACACCAGGCCACCCAUUGCUGUCUCUGCUGGUGGUCAGCACACUGUCAUACUGCUGGAGGAAACAAAAGAGUUAUCUCCGCCGCCAGAGAAGAAAGCGGAAAUGGAAACACAAGAAGAGACAGCAGAAGAGCAGGAACCAGAAGUAGAGAAGGUAGAGAAGAAGCGGCCGACGAAAAGACAGAAGAAGCAAGAACAAGACGAAGAGAUAUCGUCCACGUCGACUGCUCAAUCUGCGGAAGCGAAACCAGAGAAAGUAAACGGAGACGAGAAAAAGGAAAAUGCAAUGGAAGUUGAUGAAAAUGAUAAACCUGAUGACAAAAAAGAAACAGAAGACAAAAAACCGGAACCAGAAGAAGAGAACGAGACAGAAGAAGCGGAAAAAGCAGAAACAAACCAACCCGACACAAUGGAUACAUCCAGUCAGGAGACAACGGAUAGUGAAUCCAAACCUAUGGAUACGGAUGGACAGACGGAUACACAGAAUGACAUGAAUACAGACAGACAGACGGACAAGAUGGACCACAUACCUACCGACAAUGCCUUGAUCACUUCCGCGUGAUGAACUCUGUAUGUGAUAGCUCGGAUAACUGGAUAGUAACAGGUAAGUGUACACUCACACUCAUCUACAACAUACACUAAUUGCCACACUUAGGGGUCGUCUAUUAAUCACAUGAUUUUUUUUUAAUUUAAUAAAUACCCUUGAUAUCAAAUUUUUGUCCUCCGCCAUAUUUAUUUGUAAUGUUUUGUAAUUUUUUUUAAAACUCCACCAAUCUCUAACAUUUAAAUGACCCGAUUCAUGUUACACUUAAAAUAGAUGAUUCCUAAGUGCGACACUUAGUGUGGAUAUCUCGUACUGAAUUUAUAGUAUGGGAUUCAUUAAUUAAUAGCGACUGAAUUAACCUGUAAUCUAUGAGUCAGUAUAAAAUACAGUCCAACCUAGAUAAGCGAGAAACUUCUAUAAGCGAGAUAAUAUUCUACUUGAACUCUCGCUUAUCUAAGUU